AUGUUCAUCGAGCCACUCAGCCUCCACACCGAGCCUGGCUUCGAGACACUGCAGCUGCAUGGCGGGCAGAAACCCGACCCAAAUACGAAGGCCCGCGCAGUCCCCAUUUUCCAGACCGCGGGCUACGUCUUCGACGAUGUCGCGCACGGCUCCGCGCUCGCCUCGAUGAAGACAACGGGCUACCUGUACAGCCGUGUGGGCAACCCGACAAUGUCGGUCUUCGAGGACCGUGUAGCGAUGCUCGAGGGCGGUGUUGCGGCGGUUGCUGCCUCUUCGGGUCAGGCCGCGAUUACGCUGACGAUUAGCGCCCUUGCGCAAAGCGGGGACAACAUCGUGACUGCGUCCCGAUUAUAUGGAGGGACGUAUAAUCUGUUCAAAACUACCCUGCGCAAGUACGGCAUCACAUCCCGUUUCGUGGAGACAUACGACCCGAAGGACUUCGCGGCGCAGAUCGACGAGAAGACGAAGUGCAUCUACGUCGAGAUCAUCACCAACUCGGACGGCACGCUGACCAACGUCCGCGCGAUGGCUGACCUCGCGCACCAAUAUGGCUUGCCGCUAGUCGUGGACAGCACGUUUGCGAUGGGCGGGUACAUCAUCCGGCCGAUCGACCACGGCGCGGACAUCGUCAUCCACAGCGCCACUAAAUGGCUCGGCGGGCACGGGACGACGAUCGGGGGCAUCCUUGUUGAUUCGGGCAAGUUCGACUGGCGCAAGUCGGACAAGUUCCCGUCGAUCACGGACCCGUGCGCGAGCCAGGACGACACGAUCUUCGCGGAGAAGUUCUACCCGGCCGGGUUUGCGAUGUUCAUUAGAGCCGAGCUCCUGCGUGACAUGGGCCCGUGCAUGUCCGCGAUGUCCGCGUUCCUCGUCCUACAGGGGCUCGAGACGCUCUCGCUCCGGGCCCAGCGCCACUGCGACAACGCGCUUGCCCUGGCACAGUACCUCGACGCGCACCCGAAAGUCACGUCCGUCUCCUACUGCGGGCUCGACACGCACCCGUCCCACCAACUGGCGCUCAAGACGCUCCGGCCCGGGUGCUACGGCGGCGUGAUCACGUUCACCGUCGCGGGCCGGCUGCAGAACGCGAUCACGUUCCUCGAGAGCCUCAAGCUCGCGAGCCACCUCGCGAACGUCGGCGACGCGAAGACGCUCGUCAUCCUCCCGUUCGUCACCGUGCAGGCGCAGCUCUCCGAGGACGAGCGCAUCAAGAGCGGCGUCACGCCCGGCCUCAUCCGCAUGAGCGUCGGCAUCGAGUCGAUCAAGGAUAUCAUCGGCGACGUAGAGGCUGCGCUGAGGAUCACGUUCGAGGGGCAGGACGCGGAGUAA